CUCCGCCCAAACCCCAACACACUAGCUUUUUCUAUCUCUCUCUCAAACAAGCCAAACCAAAGGUUGGGCUCGAGUGGUUCAUGGAAUUUGAUUUUGUCAAACCUAUUUGGGGGGUGUAUGGUUUCCAUUUCUUCUUAAUUACACACCCCACGAUCUCAUUAAGCAUAUGUAUGGCAACACUGAAAUCCCAACCUAUGCUCAUAUUUCUUGCGGCCUUCCUUCUCAUCUCCUCAUCAAUCCUUCCUCAAUCAUCCCUAUCUUCUGCCCAUCCUCAUACAAACGCAGCCAUGAGGUCAACACCAACACCACCAUCUAUAUCAUCUACAACCGAGUUGCACCCGAGCCGAAAGAGACUCCCGAGAUCACUCCGUAAUCCUUCUUCUACACAGAAACCACCGGAUUACGGAGCCAGCUAUCAUGAAGUCCCCGGCGGCCAUAAUCCAGCAAGCAACCGCCGGUAAGUCCAAUAUCAGCUGAGAUGAAGAGAGAUCAAAAUUAUUACCGCAGACAGAGCGGAUCUGUCACGUUAUAUAUAUAGAGUACGGUUUCAGUGAUAAAGAGCUUCCAACCUGAGUAAUGAGAUUUUAUACAUUUGAUUUUCACUCUUAUAUUUUAAGUUUUUAUAUGAUGACAGAAAAAAAACACAUAAUUAAUUACCAAUUUGUCAUCAUUUCAUUCAUCUUUUUGUACUAUGUUUGCACUUUUUAAACGAUUGCUUGUAACUAUUGGUUACUUGGGUAUAUAUACAAAUAUGGUAAAAAGAAGAUAGGAGUAAAUUGGCUGUCAAAAACAGGGGUAAAUUGGGGGUUGUCACAGUUUUGUUAGAUAGAGCCUUGGUCUGCAUGUAACCUAGUUGGGUCAUGUUCUUCUUUUAAGUUUUGUUUUUUUAGAUACGUGUAGCAUAUUUGUAAUCAGCUAUUAUUUGUGUCUGAUGAGUGGAUACAUCAGCCCAAUAAAUCAUGAUUUAUACAUUUA